AAUGUUCCGGAUGUGACAAUGACGUCAGCGGAAGGAGGCGAGCGGCGUCGGGACGAACAUGGCGAUGGUGCUGCGAGGCUCCACGAAAUGGCUCUUCACCCGGGAACAAAUCGAAAACACGCCGUCUCGCCGCUGCGGAAUCGAGCCAGACCGGGAAUUAUCUUACCGACAGCAAGCUGCCAACCUCAUCCAGGACAUGGGCCAGCGGCUUAACGUCUCCCAGCUUACAAUCAACACUGCCAUCGUCUAUAUGCACCGAUUUUAUAUGCUCAACUCCUUCACGAAGUUCCAUCGAAACAUCAUCUCUCCCACCACUCUAUUUUUAGCUGCUAAAGUGGAAGAGCAACCCCGGAAACUUGAACACGUCAUUAAAGUGGCACACGCCUGUCUUAAUCCGCAAGAACCUCCACUGGACACCAAUAGCAAUACAUACCUCCAACAAGCACAAGAACUGGUGCUUCUAGAAACCAUAGUGCUGCAAACACUCGGCUUUGAGAUUACUAUAGAUCAUCCACACACAGAUGUGGUGAGAUGUUCCCAGCUAGUACGAGCGAGCAAGGACUUGGCCCAGACCUCCUAUUUCAUGGCUACCAACAGUCUGCACCUGACCACGUUCUGCCUGCAGUACAGACCCACAGUGGUGGCGUGUGUGUGUAUCCACCUGGCCUGCAAGUGGUCCAACUGGGAGAUUCCCAUCUCAUCGGACGGUAAACACUGGUGGGAGUAUUUGGAUCCCACAGUCACGCUGCAGCUACUAGACCAGUUAACACACGAGUUCCUACAGAUUUUGGAGAAGACACCCAGCAGGUUGAAAAGGAUCAGAAACUGGCGGGCCACUCAAGCCGCCAAAAGGUCCAAAACAGAGAGCCAGUCGGUGGCGGGUUCCUUUCAGGCUCCGCCCCAAGACCAGGAGAGCCUGCUGGUUGACAGUAAGACUGAUUUGAUGGGCAUGUAUCCAGAUCCCUCCGCUUUGUUCCCGUUAGACACUCUGAACGGCCUAGCCAACCCGAGCUCCUCCUACGUCCAGGCCGACGCCCACUCAAGCUUACAGGGAGUACCAAUCAGCAGCAAACCGCAACACACAGCCACCAAUAAACUGAGUCUGGAAAAAUACAGGGAGAAACAAGCGGCCGAGCUGCUGCAGCGCCGCAAACACGGGCACCUGCUGCCUGAAACUGCAACUCUGGCUUCGUCUUCGUCUUUAUCAGCGGUGUUGAUGUCAUCAGCAGCAGCAGCAUCAUCAUCAUCAUCUUCCUCCUCGCUGGCACGGGUUAAAUAUGGUCAGCCUGGUCAGGAACGGGAGAUGAAGAGCGGCUCUCUGAAACGGCGUCACCCUUCAUCCUCCUCUUCCUCUACGGAAAACGGCGCCGCGAGUCAGGAGGAGCUUAAGAUGAAGAUCAAAAUGUCGGAGAGCGGCGGUAAGAGCAGACACAGCCCCCGCUCUGGACGGGAGAAACACAGAGCUUCAAAACACGACACCACACACUCGCACACGCAUUCACACACACACGCUCACGCACACAGCAGCCACCACAAAGCCCAUCGCUCCUCCAAGAGCCACGCCGGCUCCGCCCCCCCGCCCCCCGCCUCCAGCCACACCCAGAUGGGGAAGAUUGACAGGAGGCCGGGGGAGGGGCCGAGCACCGAGAGUGCGGCUCCCCUGUUGCUCAAUGGCCAGCACAUGGACUACGCAGACACGUUCAACAUGCUCGACUCGCUGCUCAACGCACACAACAUGAACUACUAAAGUGCACGCAAUCAGAUUAUUAAAAACUGCAAAAAAAAAUUUUUUUUUUUUUUUUUUUUUUUUUUAAGAACUGUUUUAUGUUAGGGUCCGUUACUUUCAUAUUCACCUCUUAAUUUAACCAUGUUGCUCCACUGAAGAAAAAAAAAAAAAAGAGGAAAAAAGGAAAUAGUUGUUGUAUGUUAAAAAGUGUAUUCACAGUUUUAAAGCUUACUACGUGAAAAGCAGCCUGUGAAAUACUGUAAUAAUGUUUUUUAUCCUGGCUGUAGUGAUGGAAGGACAAUGGAUUAUGAGACUAAAGGAGAGUUGUAACAUGUCUAUGUGUUUGUACUAUAUACUUGAUUUUUUUUUUUUUUUUAAUCAAAGGGAUGAAUUUUGAAAAGACGUUGACUGUUUAAGGGAGGCGCAGAUAACCGUUUGCUCAUUUCCCCCUCCCUCUUUUUAAAAUGCUAUGUCUGUAAUUCUCACAAUGCUCAGGUUUGGAGAUGCUUCAGUAUGUACCAUGACAUCUAAGAAUAUAUUGAUGUGGGAUUGUUGAAAGUUGGUAAUUCUGGCUAUAGCGAACUCCCAGCAUCUCAAAUCUCCUGCUUUUACCUCUAGCGAUGGCGUGAUGGCGUUCGUCCACUUCAUUCCAUUGCCUUAACGUUGUAAGAGGCUUUCCCUUGGUUUGUCGGCGUUCCCCUGCCCUCCUACCUCAUUAGCCCUUUAAAUUGAGCUGUGGAAGCUUGAAAGCCUCGAGCGAGCUGAUCAGGUCAGUCAGGUAGGCGUGGCAACACACACAGAUCAUCUAGUAAAUGGAGACUGAUUUGUACACUCCUCUGCAGAAAUCCCACCCUCCCAUAAUCUCGUUUAUUCGUUUGUAAACGAGGGUCAAAGAAGGCCGGCUUCUGCGAAACCGCCUUUUCAGCAGAGUCAGUUUAACAGAUUGUAUAAAUUAUACCAAUUUCCCAAGGCGAGGCUUAAUCUCAGAUAAUUGUUCCUUAUCGCUUCCUCAGACGGAGAGUCGAGACAUUGAGGAGCUCUGCGUCCUAAUGUGUGUAAACCAUCCCUGUAUAAGAGGAAUCAGGAUGCGUUAGUGUUACAUGGGAUAUAAAGAGUAAGAAUAAAAGUUUCUCUUUUAAUACUGCGAUAUAGGAUCCAUAUGAUGUAUUCUUAAAAAAAAAAAAAAAAAAGAAAAAUGCUAGUCCUCAAAUUCCUGAAGGGUCCAGUUAGCUCAGUGCCUCGGUGUAACACCUCCAUUAUGAGAUCUCAAGGAGAAUUUAGGUUUUUUUUUUUUUUUUUUUUCUUCGCUGUGAAGUGCUUUUCUGUUCUAUUUAGGAUGCCACAGUUCUCUGUAAGAGCCUGGAAUUUGAGUCAAAGUCUGGUGAUGGUAAUGUUGGAUGAUUAAUCUAAUAAACCACCCUGAGAAACUAAA